AUGUCAUCUAUGGUGUUUGAGAGGCUCUGUCAAAUAGUGGGAACCUCAGAACUAGUUACCAUGAGAAGGGAUUUAAAUGAUUUUUCUGAAAUGGUAACUCCUUUAUUUAAUCCACAAGCCUAUUGUUGUGUGAUGUAUAGCGGAAGUCAUAGAGAAGGCUUUAAACUGCCGGAUUCCGAUAGAGAUUCUAUGUUCUGGCCUAAAACCAACCGGGUAAUUUGGAAUUUAUCCCAGAGCCAACUCUACAGCAGAAAAACACUGAUUUUAUCUGAUUGUUCUCAGAGUCCACCAGGGUUUGUAUUACUCCAAUUGCUCUUUCCUGCCACUACAUUAAUACAAAUCCAUUCGGCGUGUUUUACAUUGCAUGGCAAAGAAUAUAUAUCCAGUUCUGCAAUUCGAAAUAAUAUGUCGCCAUUAUCAGUGAGACCAAAAUGCCGUAUCCAUGGGCCCUGUAGUAGUGGAAUUUUCCGAGGAGUAGAAUUUGACGAUGCCUACUGUUUUGCAAGUGAUUUUUGGCCUCCAGUUGCCUUAGCAUGGAUCGAUAGAUGUCAAUCGUGGCCAAGUCCUCACGUAGUUGAUGAUAUUUUCAGGAAUGGUUGUCAAUUUGUAGCAAUAGAGCACAAGCUAGGAAAUCAUGAGGAAAAUGAAUGGAGAAUUUCGUUCUCUCUUGCAGAGCAAAAGCUUGUAUACACAAUGAACCACUGUCAGUUUCUUACAUAUGGUUUACUCAAGCUAAUUCUAAAAGAAGUCAUCAAGGAAAGGAUAGAAAAAAGUUUACUUUGCUCUUAUCACAUGAAAACAGCAGUAUUUUGGCCUAUUCAGCAAAGUUUAACACCUCACUGGUAUCCAGAAAAUUUUCUGAAAUGUUUCUGGGUCUGCUUUAAACUUCUUAAAUGGGUGUAUGAAGGCGUAUGUCCUAACUUUUUGGUUCCGGAAAACAACAUGUUUUUAACAAACAUAUUUGGUGAAUCUCAAAGGAAGUUAUUUCUCGAGUUAUACGGACUGUAUGAGAAGGGUAUGGCAUUACUUCUUCAUAGUCACUCAAUCAGGACAAUGAUUACAACUGGUCUCUGUAUUCCUGGACUACGCAUGUAUAAUUCUGAGGACGAUGAAGAAAUUGUGUUCGAUUUGAAUCUAUUUAUAGAACUAAGAUCAAAUAAUCCUAUGUUUAUACCAACUCGGAACAGCUGGUUUGAGUUCCCAAAAAUAAUGGAAACUUUGAUGAAUGAAGAACUUACAAACUAUCAAGUUCUGGCAGUACAAUAUCUCAUGGUCAACAACCUCCAGAGCACACCUUUUUUAUUACAUAGCAGGUGCGCUAACACUGCGGAGAAUAAGCUUAUGUAUAAAGCUGAUAAAAUAUCGCGCUACAUGUUGAAACUGGUAGAAAAAAUAGGGUUCUUUUCUGAUAUCCUGUUCCUUGUAAUGUAUUAUUACAAGACUUUCAGAUAUAUGAAUUUACAGAAGGCAAAAAUUUACUUUGCACAACCAUACAUCAUGCAUUUGCAUUACGUAAACAGUAAGAGAUAUAUCGAGGCAUUUGGGGGACAGACUAGUGAAUCAAAGAUGAGUAAGCUGUAG